UCUCAAGAAAAACCAUAAGAAAUCAAGCCUCAAGCUUCCACCAGGCCCUCGAGCACUUCCGAUCAUCGGAAACCUCCACCAGUUAGGCACCAUGCCGCACCUCUCUCUCCACCGCCUCUCCAAAGCCCACGGUCCCAUAAUCCACCUAACUCUCGGCGAGAUCCCGACUAUCGUCGUCUCCUCCUCCCGUCUGGCCCGCGAGGUUCUCCGCACCCACGAUCUCCCCAUGUCGAGCCGCCCACAGAUGUACUCCGCCUUCCAGCUCUUCUACGGCUGCACCGACAUCGCCUUCUCUCCUUACGGCCCGUACUGGCGACAAAUCCGUAAGCUCAGUAUCGUCGAGCUCCUCAGCGCCAAGCGCGUCGAAUCCUACUCCAUCUUCCGAUCGGCGGAGGUGGAGAGGCUGGUUCAGCGGAUCGAGUCAAGUUCCGGCUCAAAUUUGAAUCUGAGCAAAGCUUUAGGGUUGUAUGCGAAUGGGGUGCUUUGCAGGGCUGCGUUUGGGAAGGAUUUCUUGGAAGGAGGGAGUAUGAGAGGCAUGGGUUUCAGAGGAUGCUGGAGGAGUACCAGGAAUUGCUUGGAGGGGUUUAGUCUGAGGGAUUUCUUCCCUUCUUUGGAGUGGAUUAAUUCGGUGAAUGGGAUGAAGAGGAGAUUGAAGCAUACGUUUAUGCGUUUUGAUGUGUUGUUUGAUGAGAUUAUUAGGGAUCAUUUGGAGAGGAAGGAACGGAUCAAGGGUAACAGCAAUAUUGAUGAUGAUGAGCAAGAUGACAAGCAGGACAAGAUGGAGGCUAAGGAUUUGGUUGAUGUUUUGCUGGAUGUUCAAAAUGGAACAGGCUUGGAGAUGCCUCUCACUAUGGACAAUAUCAAGGCAGUCAUUUUGGACAUGUUUGCGGCUGGAACUGACACCACAUUCAUCACACUAGACUGGGGAAUGACAGAGCUGAUCAUGAAUCCAAGAGUGAUGAAGAAAGCACAAGAAGAAGUUCGAAGUAGGGUUGGAAAUAGAAAGUUUGUGUUGGAGAGUGACCUCCCUCACCUUCCUUACUUAAAAGCAGUAAUCAAAGAAAUAUUUAGACUCCAUCCACCAGCUCCAUUACUAGUGCCUAGAGAAUCUAUGGAACAAGUCACCAUUGAAGGUUACCAAAUCCCAGCCAAAAACAAGAGUGUUCAUCAAUGCAUGGGUAAUUGGAAGGACCCAGAGAGUUGGGAGAACCCACAGGUUUUUGAGCCUGAGAGGUUUAUGAAUACUAGUAUUGAUUUUAAGGGGCAAGACUUUGAGCUUAUACCUUUUGGAGCAGGGAGAAGAGGCUGCCCAGCUAUCACUUUUGGGGUUGUGACUAUUGAGAUUGCUCUUGCGCAGCUUCUUCAUGGUUUUGAUUGGGAGCUCCCUCCAGGCAUUGUUGCUGAAGAUUUGGAUAUGAAGGAGGCCUUUGGCAUAACUAUGCACAGGAUUCAAGAACUAGUUGUGGUGGCCAAGUCUUAUUUUAUAUAG